AUGGACAAUAACUUCAUUCCACAAGCAAUUGAAAUAGUAACGAAAGCCAUAGAAGCUGAUAAUGCAGGGGAAUACGAGAAAGCGCUGUCAUUGUACCGCGACGCACUUGGUCGGUUCACUAUGGGACUCAAGUACGAGAAGAACGAAGCGAGGAAAAAGCUUGUGUUUGAACGUGUCGAGGGAUACAUGAAACGGGCAGAAGAGCUCCGAGAUUACGUGUCCAAGCAGAAUGAGCUCGACAAGAAUGGUGGUGGAGGUUCCGCCAUGAAGAAUGGUGGUGACAAAGAAGAUGAUGCCGAUGCCGAGAAAAAGAAACUGCGAGGGGCUCUGGCUGGCGCCAUUGUUUCGGAAAAGCCAAAUAUCAGCUGGGACGAUGUUGCUGGUCUCGAUAAUGCUAAAGAGAGUUUGAAGGAGACAGUCAUUCUCCCCGUUCGAUUUCCCCAACUAUUUACUGGGAAAAGGCGUCCAUUCAAGGGUAUUCUGCUUUUCGGUCCUCCGGGGACUGGAAAAUCGUACCUAGCAAAAGCGGUGGCUACAGAAGCAGAUUCUACGUUUUUUUCCGUUAGUAGUGCAGAUCUGAUUUCCAAAUGGCAGGGUGAAUCUGAAAAACUUGUGAGAAACCUAUUCGAGUUGGCCAGAGAAUCAGAAGGGGGUAGGGCCAUCAUUUUUAUCGAUGAAGUGGACUCUCUCUGCGGUAGUCGAUCGGAGGGUGAAAGUGAUUCCUCCAGAAGAGUCAAAACCGAAUUCCUUGUUCAGAUGGAUGGUGUUGGCAAGUCAGAUAGCCAGGUCCUAGUACUAGGUGCUACGAAUGUUCCAUGGGAGCUAGACGCUGCGAUUCGUCGUCGUUUUGAGAAACGUGUAUACAUUCCGUUGCCAGAGCCAGAAGCCCGCGCAUACAUGGUCAAGCUGAAUCUUGGCGACACUCCAAAUAACUUAUCAGAAGACGAUCUCGAGCGAAUUGGUAAUAUCACAGAAGGAGCGAGUGGGUCGGACAUAAAAGUGCUUGUUAAGGAGGCGUUGAUGGAACCGCUAAGAAAGUGUCAGCAAGCAAAGCAAUUCAUUGUCGACUCUAAUGGAAAUUAUACACCUAGUGAGCAGUACCCAAGCUGUCCUCAGUGCCCUCCAAAGCUAUCGGUAGAUCCACCAGGCACUGGAUAUGAUUGUCGAAAUUGCGGCGCUAAGCGUAUGCAACUCUGGGACGUUCCAUCGGACAAGCUCGUGGCGCCUCUGGUCCAACGGACAGAUUUUGAACGGGUGAUGAAACACUCCUUUAGCUCGGUCUCGGCCGACGAACUGAAACGCUUUCAGGAAUGGACAAAACUAUUUGGACAAGAUGGCUCGUAA